AUGGAUAUUACAAGGGGGAGCUUGGAUAAAAUUUCAAGGCCUGCAACUAGCUCAAGAGCUUAUGCUAAUUGUAGAUCUUUAAAUACAGCUAUGGAGUUAUUAACACCAGAGCCACAUUUGCCAAAGGUUGAUUCACCUGUCAGUUUGGCAGGUAGUCAUCAAAGAGGCAGUCUGGAAGACUGCUGUCCAGAAGAAAAAAAAGGUGAUGAUAGAGAGAAACCUGAUGUCAAGGAAGUAAGAACAGAUCAGCAAACCACAGUGGAGAGUAUGACCUUCUCUCUUCAGAAGUGUGUACUGAAACCCAACGAGUUUUCAGGAUGUAUCUCUAAUUCAGAUUCUGGAGAUGAUAGCACUGAAACACAGACUUUGAAAUUCUGUGAACCUUCCCAAGGAAAACUAAGUAAAACAAAAGCAGCAAACUCUUCCAACUUGGAAUAUUCUGAAGAAACAGAUGUAGACCCUCAGAUUCAAGCAGCUAUAAAGAAAAUGAAAAAACUUGACAGAAUACUGGCAAAAAACCUUUUUAAGGAGAGAGCAAUUAAAAAACAAGGCAAAGAAAUGAGGGCAAAGCUCUGGGAAGAACUUCAGUCUAUCAGAACCACCGGAAGCCAUGAGGAGAUAGAAAACACAAAACAUUUUCUAGCUUUGGUCACAUCAUGGCAGGACACAGCUGAUCCUUCCCAUGCUAAAGAAGAUGAAACAGGUACUUCAGUAUUUUACACACAGAUUAAUCCAGAAGAUUAUGAUUGCUGUAAACCCCAACAUAAUCAGGAUUAUCCAAGUGAAUUAGAAACAAAGGAAUUUCUUAAUCAAGCAGAAAAAACGCAUUGCAAAAGUAAAAACAAGCAGAAUUUCAUUAAAAAGAACAUUGAGCUAGCAAAGGAUUCAGGAAACCAGAUUGUUAUGCUUGAGGGAGAAAGGAGAAGACUAAUGGAACUAUUGAAAGAUACAGAAGAUGGAACUGAAUUGCAAGGACUUGAGGAGGAUGUGUCUGGCUGGCUAGCACCAGGAGAAGGAUACACACCUGAACCAAUGGAAUUUCAUCAGCUAAAUGAGAUAGACACUAAGCUUCAAGUACUAUCUGAUGGAGAUUUUUCUGCAAUUUCCAGUGCUUGCUCAAAACCUUCAAGCCAGAUUUAUCAGGAGUCUCUAGUUUAUGCAAACAGAAGCCCAGAAGCAGUUCCGGGUGAAAAGGUUCUGCGAGACAAUAAGGAACAACGUGAUCAACAAAAUCGUCUCAAAGAAAUAGAUCAUCAGCUGAAAAUCCUAGAGAGAGUUCUU